AUGGAUCCCUUUGGCGGCGUGCAGUCCUUCUGGGACCUCUCCCAGCAGCCCAACACCUUCUCCGCCCUCCCCGACGACGACUUCCUUGCCUUCCUCGAGAAGCAGUUUCCCACCUCCGUAGGCAACAACGGCCUCACCACCUUCGACAGCGCCAAUGCCCCAGAGGUCAUCGACCCCCAGAGCCUCUCCCGCUACCCCCUUCCCAGCACCAGCCCGCCCUCCAGCGAUAGCAGUCCCAGCCCGCCCAGUGUCAACACCGAGCACAGCCCGUCUCGGCGCCAGUCGGGAUCCUUCAACACCCCCGCCUCCUCCGCUCCUACAGACCAGGACGAGCAGGGUCUCAAGCGCAAGGCGAGCGAUGACAGCAUAUCCGGUGAGCCCACACACAAGAGCCAGCAUACAUCCAACACCUCGAACAACAAGAAGUCCUCCUCUUCACGGCGUAAGUCAACCGGCAAUCCUUCUCAGGAUGAGACUCGGUUACUCAAGCGUAAGGAGCAAAACAGAGCAGCGCAAAGAGCAUUCCGGGAGCGCAAGGAAAAGCAUGUCAAGGAUCUCGAAGACAAGGUUGCCGCACUGGAGGCCAAAAACCAAAUGUCCGAAUCCGAGAACGAGAACCUUCGCGACCUUCUCUCGCGACUGCAGAAUGAGAACAUGAUGCUCAAGCAGGCCGCUUUCACUUUCUCUGUGCCACGGGAGAAUGCACCGAACAUGGCCAAUGGCAACCCAGCCUCGGGGUCAGUGUCGCAGCCAUUCAGUUUUGCAUCACCUGGGGCAGGCCCGAGCCGCGCACCACAGUCGGCGCCGGCUCUCAACUUCAACUCACUCAUCUCUUUCGACCCCAACGCGAUGAACGAUGAACCGACAGCGACAGACAGCGCGAUGAACAUGGACUUCGGUUUCGGCCAGCCACACUGUUCGUACAAGACGAUCGCUGCCAACCCAAUGUACAUGUCCUUCGCGGAGCCAUCACCGUAUGAUUCGUCACCGUCGUCGAACGGCGGGCAGAACGGAAACGGGUCGUUCGCGAGCAGUUUCAGUAGUCCGUUCGAUCAGUGGUCACCACCUGGGGGCGAUACGAACGGGCUAGACCAGCUGUUCGGUGGGAACUAUCUCGGGACGACGAGCGGCGUCGACUUCAACGCCCUCCUGAAGAGCCCGCCGUCAUCGAUCAGCCCCGUCUCCCACUUCCGCUCGCCAUCCUCGUCAUCACCGUCCUCGUCGUCCGACGCAAGCCCAGGGUCGAGUGCGUCCAAGGGGGACCAGUGCCCGAAGACGAAGGAGGACAUGGCGAAGCACAUCGUGGACCAGGGCAAUUCGGCGUUCGCGCAGUGCGAGGUGCCGAUAGCGCCGUUCCUCCGGAAGUCGGUCGGGGACGAGUCGGGCGGGCCGAUGAUCAUGUGCAAGGGGAGCUCGUUCCCGCCGACGGAGAAGAGCGACAAGAAUGUGGAGGUGCUCACGGCGUGGCGGAGCAUCACGAGCAAUCCACAGUUCAAGGUCAGUAAAGUUCGUGCGUUUUACUCCGUUCGGCGGGCUAGGCUGACACGGCGGGGUCUCCAGGACCUGGACAUCAACGAGCUCUGUUCGGAGUUCACGAGCAAGGCGCGGUGCGACGGGACGAAGGUCGUGCUCGAGCCGCAGGGCGUGCAUCAUAUCAUCGAGACGCUCGCGGCGAAGCGGCAAGCGAAGCAGUAG